UCUAUUAUACAACAGCUGGAAGAUGGUUUAAAAGGUGCUUUUGUCCGGAGACAAAUGAUUAUCGUUUUUCUGCUGCGCGGUUCUCAAUAUAAAUAUUCGCGACACCAAGCUUCGCAAGUUCUUUCUGCGACACACAUUCCUGCCACACGGCACGCGAGGGCUAUAUACAAGCGUCUACAGAGAAUUGCACGUUACACGUUGCACGUGACCUUGAAGUCGUGAAAGCAGAUCGAUUCUGCAGAAGCAAUCUCUGACAGAGACACCAGGAUUAUUCAGUAAUCAGCGGAACACCAUGUUAGUUUUACCCAUGAUACCGUUUUUUCUAGGCUAUGUCGCAGAGGAUAAAAGCAACCCUUCGCCCUCGUACAUAUUCCAAGUGCGGAUAGACACGUUAUUCGUCAACAAAUCAGGAGGACACAAUGAGGAUAGCAACGCUGGCCUGGCGUUCAACCUGAAGUGUCAGCCGCAUAAGGAUCAAAAUCUAAAAUGUCGCAUCCCGAAGACCAUUUCUUAUUCACCGAGCAGUGACUUCGUACACAACAUGAACAAUAAGGUUUUCACGCCGUCAUCAUUUCAAUUCAGCCGGAUACGUUACCGAAUGGGCUUCGAUUUUAAGGGAGUAAAGAAUUAUCAGAUCUUGACGGAUAACGUAACAAACGAGGAGGCCCUGCUUGACAUGUAUGAGUUCAUUGGGGAUCAGCUGAGCGUCGGUGCUAACCUCAUAACAAACGACUUAGAAUUCAAUACGACGGAGGACACCAUUAGCGGCAAAUGCCCGACAUUUUACAAAAUCUAUUAUGAUGCGAUGUCGAGUACAAACAAGUUCAUGCUGAAAUCCUUAAUUCCGAGCCAGAAAUACAAGUUGAAGAAGGGCAAAUCGCUCCAUAUUAAUAAACAAAGACGUGUGAACGAGUGCCAGCCGCAGAAAAGUUAUUUCUUUGGAAAGAUCUUAUGGACCGACCUCAUAACAUCGAAUGUCACCGCGAAGCCGAAAGAUUCGGGGUCUCAAAUGACGAUUGCUCAGAACGAAUUCUACACCAAGACUAUACAUACAUUUGAUCUCUAUAAUGAGCAAAGUAACAAAUUGGUUGGCUUUGUCUACGAAACGAUUAAUGUUAAAUUGGUAUCGAUAGAGCCGUGAAGAACACGACACGAGUAUCAUGUUGAUUCGUAAAAUCAAAGGAGAAAUGCUCAGUGACCUCAAUUUGGCAACGAACAAAAUUACACGGAGGAUAUAUUUUUAAUUCGUUUUUAAAAUAUUGCUGACAUUAAACUGCAUGAAGUGUUAUAAUUAUUAUAACUACGUAAACGGUAUAUGUAUAUAUCUUACUCUUUUAUGUCCUUCGGUGACUUAUUACUGGCAUAGAUAACGAUAUACAGCGUUUGUUAUGUUUCUGUCUUUUAUUAAAUAAAAUUUAUAAUUUUGCCGCUCGAUAA